AGUUCAUUUUGACUGGGGCUCGAAUGACGUCACCCCUGUAUUUUUAUCGCGGUGACCUCAUCGCUGGUGGCAGCGGGACGACUUCACUCCUCCACCGUUUCAGCUCAACUUCUCGCUUCUACUUUCAGUUUGAGAGCCGUGAACCCCGGUCGAGAGCAGAACUCACUCGAGCCAGGACAGUCCAUCGGCCGCUCGGUCUCUGACGUCGAGUUUCAAAUGAUUCUGAACUCCUCAUCCUGAAGGCCAGGGUCAGUCGUCCCGAUUGGCUCUGAGUCCAGGUGGAGAGGAGUGAAGUCUGUCCUUGUUCGGAACUUCACUCUGACUGAGCCACAUCACUUUGACGCUCUCGUCUUCAUCAAAGACACUUUUGGAUUUUAAUACGAGAGUGGCACCUCUCAAUUUCUCCCUCUGUUUUUCCAUCAGCCCUGGAGUGGGGGGCAGUGGAGGGCUGUAGCCAAGCGCCAUCACGAUGACAUCAUACUGCGCAGACACAAUGAAGCGCUUCUUUCUCUGAAGGUUUUUACCCGACUGCCCGACUGAACCUGACCUCCAGUCUGAGACGGACAAGACAGGCAGGAGGAGGUUGGGACGACAGGCAGCCAGGCAGGGGGGUGGGGGGAGGGUGGGUCUGUGGGAGGGUGUAGUUUUCCACCUGUGACCAAAACUGGUUCCAAGAUGCUGAGGCCUAGAACGGUGCGGCCCAUUGGGGCUGAAGCGCUGGUGGCCCUGCUGGAGGGCGGCCUGGACCGUGUGGUUCUGAUCGACAGCAGACCUUUCGUGGACUACAACGCCUCACACAUCCUGGAGGCCGUCAAUGUCAACUGCUCCAAGCUGAUGAAGAGGAGACUGCAGCAGGACAAAGUCCAGAUCACAGAGCUGCUGCAGCACUCAGCCAAGAACAAGCUGGAGCUUCAGGAUGACCAGGAAGUCGUCGUGUACGACCAGAGCUCUUCAGACCUCGCUGCUCUGGGCUCCGACUGCUUCCUGAGCGUCCUGCUGGUCAAGCUUGAGAGAAGCUUCCCUUCCGUCCACCUGCUCUCAGGUGGUUUCUCAGAGUUCUCCCAUCUGUUCCCGGGACUGUGUGAGGGAAAGUCAGCACUGGUUCCCUCCUGUAUCUCUCAGCCCUGUCUCCCAGUGACCAACAUUGGGCCGACACGUAUCCUGCCUCACCUGUACCUGGGCUGCCAGAGAGAUGUCCUCAACAAGGAGCUGAUGCAGCAGAACGACAUUGGUUAUGUGUUGAACGCCAGCAACACCUGUCCCAAACCAGACUUCAUCCUGGAGUCCCACUUCCUCCGCGUGCCCGUCAACGACAGCUUCUGUGAGAAGAUCCUGCCCUGGCUGGACCGAUCGGUGGAGUUCAUAGAGAAGGCGAAGGCUUCCAACGCUCGGGUCCUGGUUCACUGUCUGGCAGGAAUCUCCCGCUCAGCCACCAUCGCCAUCGCCUACAUUAUGAAGAGGAUGGACAUGUCGCUGGACGAGGCCUACAGGUUUGUGAAGGAAAAGAGGCCAACCAUCUCCCCCAACUUCAACUUCCUGGGUCAGCUGCUGGACUUUGAGAAGAAGAUAAAGAGUUCAGAUGACUCCAAGCUUAAGUGCCUUUGUCCAUCUGAGCUGAGUGCUGAGGUCAAGAGCACUCCAGAAGAGUCCGCCCUCGAAGCUCCAGAAGAACCCACCCCUCUGGAGCCCCUCACACUGCCCUGCGUUCUGGCCAACAACCCUGAAGAGCGUCGCCUAGCUCAAGCACUGAGCAGCCUGCAUCUAUCAGACGGACCCGAGGACAGAGUUCGGCUACAGAGAAACUUUUCUUUGGACAUCAAAUCAUAUGGAGAGCCAAGCUUGAGUGGUACUCAUCGCGUGUUUGCGCCCCCCGGUGGUGACUCUGGAGAGUUCUACAAACCUGGUUUCAAAGAAGCGUCCGCUAAACUGUGCCAGUUCUCUCCCGUGGAGGAGGUGUCAGAGCAGUCCACUCCAGAGCAAAGUCCUGACAAAGAGGAGGUGGACAUACCUGAGCGAGCAGCGCCACCAACCCGUACCAAGCCUGCACCAGCAGUUUCAAACUGCUCCCUUCCCCGCAGUGGCAGUGUGGAGGAGACGGCCACCAGCUUCCUGUUCGGUCUGUCGAGAAGUCAACAGCACCUGGCCAAGCAGGGGUCCAGCAGCGGCCUGAAAGGCUGGCACUCGGACAUCUUACUGGGCCCCGUCACCGUCACCACCUCCUCGCUGGCUGGCGGCUGGUACCUCUCAUCCGAAUCCACGCGUUUCUACUCCACGUCGGCCAUUUUGAGCAGUAGCGGCAGUGGCAGCUUUGCUGCCUUCAGCUGCACUCAGGGCUUGGAGGCGGUACGGCGGCGCGGCGGGCAGAGGACUGGCGACCGCGGAGACUCGAGGAGGAGCUGGCAUGAAGAGAGCAACUUCGAGAAGCAGCUGAAACGCCGCAGCUGUCAGAUGGAGUUUGGAGACGGGAUGACGGACAGCCGAUCACGAGAGGAGCUUCGUAAGAUGGGAAGUCAGUCGAGCUUCUCUGGCAGCAUGGAGGUCAUCGAGGUUUCCUGAGGGUGGAAGUGACCAGUCAAGGAUGGGGAGAGGCGCUUUAGUCAACAAUGAAAGGUUUCAUGAAACAGAUCCGUCUCAUGAUGUCAGAAACGUUGAUCCUAUUUUUUCAUUAAACAAAGUUGAUUUUCUAUAUUAAUACCGCAGGUUUCAUUCGCGGUCCGAUGAGGAAUGUGUAGAUUUGGAUUGUAAGUGGUUGCUUUGGCCAUCAGGUAGCGCUAGUGAUCAAACAUGAUUAGAUCUGGUACAUCAAGAUUGUGAGAAGAAUUCACUGUGUGUGUUGAUCUCUUUGGAGGACUUCACCUCUACGUCGCGUGUGGCUCAUCACAGUUAUUUUGUUUGCGUGGGGCUGGGGAGGAUUCAGGUUCUGGGGGUGCUACAUCAUGUUCUCAAUAUCACGAUAGACUUUCUCGCGUCACACUUGAGAACCAGGAGUUGCCGGGAACCUCUCAGGGUCCCUCUGGUGGAAAGCAAGUGGAAAGAAACUCCCAGUUAACAGUUGAAGAGGAGUGAUGAGGAAACUGCUUCUAUAACGGCAGCUAUGUUGAUCGAUCAUGAGCGAUACUGACUCAGACACGCUAACAAGCUAAGCUGUGUUUUGUGGGCCGCGGUCCACAGAUAAGAAGCGGCAGCUUUGUGCGAUCAUAAAUCUUUGUUUUCCAGGAAUCACGCAGCACAGACUCCAGAACUCAAUUUUACAAUCUAUUAACAUGAUGUUUUCAGUUCCUUCUUCCCUGUGACGUCAGAAAUGGUCUCCAGUAAACUCACCUUGUAGCCUUUAGCACUUUAGCUAGGUCAGCGAAGCUCGCACUUUAGGUAUGAUGUGAUUUAAAAAAAAAAUGGUUAGAAGCAGGGAGAACCAAAUCAAUCCAUGUAAGCUGUGGUGUUGUUGUUCCAGGUGUCUGUGGUGAGAUGUUUACAUUGAGAGUGUUCCUGUGGUGACCUAUUCAACAAUGAUAGGAAUCAAUAAAACCCUGACGGCCUUGUUUCUAUAUCUGUGCCAAAGUCAUCGUGUAUCAGCAGAGGUGUCCUACACAAACAUCUAGUGUGGGUGUUUCCAUGGACAAGCUUUUCUCACUCAAGUGAGCCCUCUACCUUUGACUUCACGACGAAGCUUUGGAGACACUUUGAGCCUCUGCUCUCAGCUGGAGAGGAUGAUGAGCAUGAAGAACUUGUGGGUGGACUUGUGCGUGGCCCGUGUUGUGUAGAUGGUCAAAUCUCAGGUGACAUUUGAGCAGUAAACGGAAGAAGAAAGGGAAUCGGGGAUGUGGUGUGAGAAGAGGCUGGGACUCUUAUCGAGCGACCAGUGGAUGUUCGAAUAAAAGUUUUAUCUUUGGGGAAAAAAACACGUUAUUAUUU